AUGAGAACGAAUGGCGAAAGCGACCAGUCUUUCAAGAAUAGGUUCACUGCCGAAAGAUCGCGGCAAUUUGAUCUUUUGCAAUCAAAAGAGGCUGCCGACCAAAAUGCAGAAGGCUGCUCGAAAAGGGCAUGUGAAUUUCUCAAGCCAGGAUAUCAGCUGAAGCCCAGUGAUGGCAGGAGAUUGAACUCUUCAAUUAAAGAGCACCAAAGUAUGCUUGGGAAACUGAAAAGCGUAGUGAAGGCCUUGAAAGAACAUGAUUCUACGCUUUUCCAGUCUAAUGGACUUAUCUUGAAGCAAGGAGAAGAAUUUGCUCACGACUUCAAUUUAAAGCAGAUCAAGUGCGUUGAGGCUAAGGUGCAAAAGGUAACGCAGGAUACAGAGACACUAGAAGAAAGUAAAGACAGUUUUCGUAGCAUCAUCAAGGGCCUACAUAGAGACCGCAUCAGCAAGGGAAGACGAAAAAAGGAAAACCGUCGAAAAUCGAAUGCAAGAAAAACGAAAAGGUUUGAAAACAACGUCUAA